GGCAAGGCCGUCCACUCCCUGUCGCGGAUGGGGGACGAGCUCUACCUGGAGCCCCUGGAAGACGGGCUGUCCCUCCGGACUGUGAACUCCUCCCGCUCGGCCUAUGCUUGCUUCCUCUUCGCCCCGCUGUUCUUCGAGCAGUACCAGGCGGCCACCCCGGGGCAAGACCCCUUGCGCUGCAAGAUCCUGAUGAAGUCCUUCCUGUCCAUCUUCCGCUCGCUGGCCUUGCUGGAGAAGACUGUGGACAAGUGCUGCAUCUCCCUGAACGGCAGGGGCAGCCGCCUUGUGGUCCAGCUGCACUGCAAGUAUGGGGUGAGGAAGACUCACAACCUGUCCUUCCAGGACUGCGAGUCCCUGCAGGCUGUCUUCGACCCCGCUGUGUGCCCCCACGUGCUCCGCGCCCCAGCCAGGGUCCUGGCUGAGGCCGUUCUGCCCUUUCCCCCUACACUGGCCGAAGUGACGCUGGGCAUCGGCCGCGGCCGCAGGGUCAUUCUGCGCAGCUACCAGGAGGAGGAGGCAGACAGCACCGUCAAAGCCAUGGUGACCGAACUGAGCCUCGGGGAGGAGGAUUUCCAGCAGCUGCAGGCCCAAGAAGGGGUGGCCAUCACUUUCUGCCUCAAGGAAUUCCGGGUGAGGCUCCCCCGGCUCCCCCACCCUGUCCUCCCUACCUGCCUGGCCUUACCCUCUGCCUGUCUCCUGCAGGGGCUCCUGAGCUUUGCAGAGUCGGCAAACUUGCCCCUUAGUGUUCACUUUGAUACUCCGGGCAGGCCAGCCAUCUUCACCAUUGCGGACUCUCUGCUAGAUGGCCACUUUGUCCUGGCCACGCUCUCAGAGCUGGACCCGCCAGCCCAGAACUUGCACUUCUCUGAGCUCCGCAGGCCGGCGCCUCGGCUCCCGGCUCACAGUAUGCCCCCCCCGGACGACUUUGCUAAUGAUGACAUCGACUCCUACAUGAUUGCCAUGGAGACCACUCUGGGCAGCGAGAGCUCUCGAGUGCUGCCCCCCGUCGGUGCCCCAUCGGGCCCCCACUCUGAGAAGGACGAUGAAGACGAGGAAGCUGAACCCAGUACAGUGCCCGGGACGCCCCCCCCCAAGAAGUUCCGCUCCCUGUUCUUUGGCUCCAUCCUGGCCCCAGCGCUUUCUCCCCAGGGCCCCAGCCCGGUGCUGGCCGAAGACAGUGAGGGCGAAGGCUGAGCUGAGAACCGCCUGUCGAGGCCCCGGAGUAGGUGGACCGGCAGCCACCCCCCACCCGGCUCCUGUGCCCUGGCGGGGUACAGUGGGCCGGACUGGCGCUCAGCUAGCUGGUCUUGGCUAGCCCCAGCCCCCAGCUGUGGCCGCCUGGGCCUUUCCCCUUCUCCCAACUAAUCAUGUCUGAACAAAGGGCCUCAGCCUGUGGCUGGGGCUGGGCUCUGCUUCCUCUCAGCUCACCUGUUAGGAAACAAAAUCAGUGAUCCGCCUCCUGCCAGGAGUGACCUGACCCCACAAGUCCCGGGCACGCCUCUGUGGUCUGAGGUGGCGCAGGCGGCUGCUUUCCUGAUGCUCGUGUGCCCUGUCACAAUUCCGAGCCUCUGGCCCCGUGCCUCCAGGCCUGCCUUUCCCAAGUGGCUCCGGGCAGAAGGGCUGUCGGCCCAGAGUCUGGGACAAGGGAGACAGAGGCCGUGGCAAGAAUCCAGCUUUGACCUUUAUUCAAGAGACCAGAUGGGUUGCCCCAGGAGCCGGCUGCCAGCCCCAAGGACGAGCAAGGCUGGAGCCCCACAAUCUGGCCCCGCUUUGCCCUGAGCUGCAGCCUCAGCCCCAGGACCCUGCUUGCAGCCACCCCUGGCACAGCAGAGGGGCCCCGGGGGUCUGGAUGCUGCUAGUGAUUCAUUAAAAAAAGAAAAAUACA